AUGGAUCCUGUUAGUGUUAGUUUUCGAGGAGCUGCCCCAGAUGGCUAUACCAUAUCUCAGGUGGCUUUCAAAGACAGCGUAGUAUUUGUAAAAAGGGAUCCAAUCUCGUCGGAUCACAAAGCCCAGAAUCUGUUUCCGUUAAAUUUGCAGGUGGUCCUGUUCGUGAAACAGUUACACCGAGAUCCGCUUGCCGUGUCGGCUUGUGGCUUUUUUCCCAUAGACCGUCAACUCAUCAUUUCGAUGAUAGUGUCAAUGACGACCUACUACAUGGUGAUUAUUCAACUUGGGCCAGAGCUUGGACGUCUCACUGCUAGCCUCUUCGGUCUAGAAUAAUCAAUCGUUAUCUUGCAUCUGCAUACAGUCUACGAUAAACUGUACCAAAACCAUAUUCACGUAAUUUUUAAAAAUAAUUAAAAAAUUAUACCAAUUAAAAAGAAUGGUGAUGAUAAUAGUAAUAUAUUGGAUGUAAGUUAAUGUUUGAAAUCUGGACAACAUUGGAGU